GCUGGCGGUGACGCGCACGGGCCGGCGUCGGGGCGGCGGUGCUGCUCCCGGAAAGGAGCGGAGCCUCCAGGAAGCCGGUCCCGCGUUGCCGCCGCCACCACCGCGCUGCGGUGGCCGUGAUGUCCUCCGGUCACAGCUUCCCGCUGCCAGGAGCUCCGGCCGCCGAAUCGGGUGCUGCCGAGCAGGAAGUCUCUAACUCCAGGAGGACCCCAUUAUUUCUGUAAUGGUGUGUGAGGACUGACUCCUAGAACGUUGCCUGGCCUUGGACCCAUCAGCAUGGGGAGGAUCGGCAUCUCCUGUCUUUUUCCUGCUUCCUGGCAUUUUAGCAUCUCUCCAGUGGGGUGUCCUCGAAUUCUGAAUACCAAUUUACGCCAGAUUAUUGUUAUUAGUAUCCUGGCUGCUACUGUUUCGCUUUUAUACUUUUCUGUUGUUAUAAUCCGAAAUAAGUAUGGGCGACUCUCCAGAGAUAAGAAGUUUCAAAGGUACUUGGCACGAGUUACUGACAUUGAAGCUACAGACACCAGUAACCCCAAUGUGAACUACGGUAUCGUGGUGGACUGUGGUAGCAGUGGGUCUCGAAUAUUCGUCUAUUGCUGGCCAAGGCACAACGGCAAUCCUCAUGAUCUAUUGGAUAUCAGACAAAUGAGGGAUAAAAACCGGAAGCCAGUGGUUAUGAAAAUAAAACCCGGCAUUUCAGAAUUUGCUACCUCUCCAGAGAAAGUCAGCGAUUACAUUUCUCCACUCUUGAACUUUGCUGCAGAGCAUGUACCACGGGCAAAACACAAAGAGACGCCUCUCUACAUUCUCUGCACAGCUGGAAUGAGAAUCCUUCCUGAAAGCCAGCAGAAAGCCAUUCUGGAGGACCUCCUGACUGAUAUCCCUGUGCACUUUGACUUUCUGUUUUCUGACUCUCAUGCAGAAGUCAUUUCAGGGAAACAAGAAGGUGUGUAUGCUUGGAUUGGCAUUAAUUUUGUCCUUGGACGAUUCGAGCAUAUUGAGGAUGAUGAGGAUGCAGUUGUGGAGGUUAACAUUCCUGGUAGCGAAAGCAGGGAAGCUAUUCUCCGUAAAAGGACAGCUGGUAUUCUGGACAUGGGAGGCGUGUCAACUCAGAUAGCGUACGAAGUUCCCAAAACUGUAAGCUUUGCCUCCUCACAGCAGGAAGAAGUAGCUAAGAACUUGUUAGCUGAAUUUAACUUGGGAUGUGAUGUUCACCAAACCGAGCAUGUGUACCGAGUCUAUGUGGCCACAUUUCUUGGGUUUGGUGGCAAUGCUGCUCGACAGAGAUAUGAAGACCGAAUAUUUGCCAGCACAGUUCAAAAGAACAGGCUUCUGGGGAAACAGACCGGUCUGGCUCCUGAUACUCCAUACCUGGACCCCUGCUUACCCCUAGACAUUAAAGAUGAAAUCCAGCAAAAUGGACAGACCAUGUACCUCCGGGGAACAGGAGACUUUGACCUGUGUCGAGAGACCAUCCAGCCUUUCAUGAAUAAAACGAAUGAGACACAGACCUCCCUCAACGGCAUCUACCAGCCCCCGAUUCACUUCCAGAACAGCGAAUUCUAUGGCUUUUCGGAGUUCUACUAUUGCACUGAAGAUGUGUUACGAAUGGGGGGGGAUUACAAUGCUGCUACUUUUACUAAAGCUGCAAAGGAUUAUUGUGCAACAAAGUGGUCGAUCUUGCGGGAACGCUUUGACCGAGGACUCUACGCCUCCCAUGCCGACCUCCACAGGCUAAAGUACCAGUGCUUCAAAUCGGCCUGGAUGUUCGAGGUGUUUCAUAGGGGCUUUUCGUUUCCUGUCAACUAUAAAAAUUUAAAGACAGCCUUACAAGUUUAUGACAAGGAAGUUCAGUGGACGCUCGGAGCAAUCCUUUACAGGACCCGUUUUUUACCCUUAAGAGAUAUCCAGCAGGAGACCUUCCGGGCCAGUCACGCUCACUGGCGGGGCUUCUCCUUUGUCUACAAUCACUACCUGUUCUCAGGCUGCUUCCUGGUGGUCGUGCUCUCCAUCCUCCUGUACCUGCUGCGGCUCCGGCGCAUUCACAGGCGGGCACCGCGCAGCGCUUCGACUGCCACCCUCUGGCUGGAGGAAGGCCUUCCAUCCCAGAAGAUUGCCGGUACCUUGUGAACGGGAAUUCGAGAGCCCCGCGAGACUUUGUGAAGGAAAAGCCAUUUUUUGCCUCAGGGUUUCUCCUCUUUAUUCUCAUUUGGUUUUGUUUUUCCUUUCCCAAUUUUUGUUCCUUGAAACAAAAACAAAAUCCAUUGUUUGUAAGCUCUGCUGUCCCAGAAGUGUUGCAUUUAGCCAUUUUGCAUACAGCUUUAAAUUGAGGAGCAGGGAAAAGGGAAAAUCACUUCAUUCUUGCUGCAUAGGAUGGCUACCUAAGACUUUGUUUUUCUUUGAGGUAUGUUCAAUUUUAAACAGAUUCACUUUGAUACUGGAGGGAAUGGCAAAGCUGUUUUCCAUCAGAGGAGGUAGCACUGAGAGUGAUGUUUUCUCAGAACCAGAACACGACUGGCUGAAUCAUAGUCCACUUUUUGUCUAUUUCAAAAGCUCUGACCUACACAGGGUGAUGUGUAGUUUUUAUUUAUUGUUCAGAUCUGUCACUGUAUGUUUUCUUUGUAGGCUUAAAAAAUCAAAACCAUUUAUACCCAAGAUAGAAAUAUAGGAACCAGGAGGUAACUAUUUUUAAAAUUGAUAAUCCUGGAAGAUGUGAAAUAAUGACUACAGCAGUGUGUGUGUGUGUGUGUGUGUGUAAGAGAGAAGAAUGUGUGUGUGAGAGAAUGUGUGUGCGAGAAACCGUGUGUGAGAUGUUUUUGUGUAUGUGUGAGAAUGUGAGAGAGUGUGUGUUGAGAGAGAGAAUAUGUGUUGAGAGAAUAUGUGAGUGAAUGUGUGUGUGAGAGAUGUUUUUGUGUGUGUGUGAGAAUAGAAUGUGUGUGUGUGUGAGAGGGAGAGAGAGAAAUGAUAAGAUGAGAGAAUGCAUUGCUCUUUCUUUUAAAAACACACACAUGUAGAAAAAUCCCCAUUACCAUUGUCUUUCAUGACCACAGUAAUGACUUUCUCAUUCCCACCUUUCAGCAGCCCUAGAAUAUUAUGUCCUUGAGUUGGAAAACUCAUCAAGUUUCACUGGUCUCAAGGUCAUGAGAACUGGAGCUAGAGCCUGCUGACAGGCACGUCAGCAUUUCUUAGUGGUACAUUUUUGCUGGUUUAAUGUGCUCCAGUUUCUUCCAACUUCAAGUUGGUGUUCCCCUCCCUAAUGAAAAAUGGUCGCAGCAGUUUUAUCUUGGAGACCCCAUACUUAGCUUGACCGGUUGUCUUUAUUACAGGCACAGCUGAGGCUGUGGUGGUAAUGCCACUGUAAAUCCUGACUAAGAGAAGGGCCUGACCUUAAUACAAGAAAUAAACUCACAGUUUGAGAAAACAAGUUCAACAUUUUAAACAGAAACCUAAAGAGAGCAACUGGAUUGGCUUAUGUGAGAUUGGUUGUUUUUCACCUAUUUAGUUUAGAGGCUUUGGGAAUUCUCAUACCUAGUUUUUUUUAGGUGAAGUUCUUUUUGUGAGUGUGUGUGUAUAUGCAUGCUAUUUCUUAAUCCCAGAACAGUUAAAUUCGUCUGUUUGGUAGCAAAUGUGUAUUUUGAGAAUCAACAGCUGCUUCUCCAGACAGUAUUCAUUAGAAAAAGGAUUCAGAUCCUGAAGCCCUUAUUUAACUUUUAAAAAAUUGGGUUUUACUUAAUGUUUAUUAACUAUUUAAAACAGGGCAUAUAUCAUAUAUAUAUUGAUGACUUGAAAAGAUCACAAAUAUAUAAAAGAAAUGCAGAUUCUCUUACUCUGCUCUUCAGAGUGAAUAUUCCAACAGUGAGAAAGUUAUUGGUAGAAUCUUUGUCUCUCAGCUCUCCAGAAGGAUGGAGGAGCUCGGUGGCCGUACAGCCUCUGGUGUGUGCUCUCGUGUCAGGGAGGAGGGAGAUAAAUGUCCCUGUGGAAGACCCAGAUUCCGAAACGCUGGUCUCCAGCUUUUAAAGUGCUUGGUCCCUGGUAAACACUGUUCCUUAUCAAGACCCAGCCACACACGGGCAGUGUUGUAGAUACCCCAGGAGUAGAGUGAGCUGGCAUGCUUCCCCUUGAAUCCUCGGACGGGGCCUGUUCUGUGGACUGUGGGUGGCAUCAGUGGUGAAGAGGAAGUGUGUUUACACUUGAGCUUUCCUGCCGCCAACCAUUGGGCGUAGUAAGUAACCUGGAAAUGAAACUCUUCAGACACCUGGAGUAUGUGAUUUUGCCUUAAAACCAGGCAAGGGUUAGCCAGCAUAGGCCUAAAUUUAAAUGGGCUUUAAUUAAGACUUACUACCAUAAAUAGCCACCUUUUAAGUAAACAGUGCCAAUUUGGUCCAGCUCUGUACCGUCUGGGGAGCAGAAUGGAGACAAACAGGAGUUCUGCUUUAUGCCUGGUCUAAGGAUCCCUGGGCAAGGACCUACCUCACUGUCCAAAAGAAAUCCCAAAUCAGGGUUCCAAGGCCCAGACAGCCUUAUACUUUACAUAGUUAAGUGCCCAUGUUCCCCUGCCAAAGAACUCCUUGGCAAACUAUUGGCCACAGGGAACAUCUAGAAGACUCUUGAGCUGCGAAUGGUUUUUCAAUUCUGAAAGGGUUAUUAAAGAAAAAAAGGGAAGAAUAUGCAACAGAGACUAUGUGUGACCUGUAGAGCCUAAAAUACUUAUUAAAUGUCCCUUUAUGGACAAACGUCCUGUUAAGACGUUCGCUGACCCCUGCACGGACAGUCUCGUUCAAGAAAGAAUAUGCAUUGGCAUUCUCUUAAUUCAGGACGCUAGUUACCAUUUGUGGGCAUGGAAAGACAGGCAAGAGAAGAGACCAAAUUUCAAUCUUAAAAUAUGUGAGUAUGCACCAGAAUUCCACUUCAUCUUUCCCUUUAUUUUCAAGAUCCGUUUUCUCUUAAGCCAGCAAACAUGCCCUCCCUGACAGAUUUAAAAAGUGCUGUUCGGGAGGGCCCACCAUGUGGUGCUGAGAGGCCUGUGGUCUCAAGAGGUUCACACGUGGCUCUUUCUGAUGCCGCAGAGGGCCAGGCUGCGAGGCAAGGAUGGGAGGAGCUUAAUUCAGGAGGAGAAGAAUUCAUAUCAAUUAAGGGCUGGCCAGAAAGGCAGGGAACUGGGAAUGCUUGGAAUAGGAAGCAAAAGAAAUUGGACCGGUGGAAACUUGCUAAGAGCCUUGUGGAAGAGGAGGUGGAGCAAGAUGGCAGAGGAGUAGGAGACCUGGAUUUCGUCUGGUCCCAGGAAUUCAGCUGGAUAGGGAUCAAACCAUUCUGAACACCUACGAACUCAAUAGGAGUUCGAAGAAAGGAAUAGCAACAACUCUGAACAGAAAAGCGACUGCUUUCUGGAAGGUCUUUUCUGAUUUGUUGAGUGUAUAUUUUCUGGGGACAUUGUUACCCUGUUAGCAUUUUGUUCUCUCAUUCAUCUAUUCUCCUCUGGACAAAAUGACAAGACGGAAAAAUCACCUCAACAAAAAGAACAAGAGGCAAUACCGACUGCCAGGGACCUAAUCAAUACGGACAUUAGUAAGAUGUUGGAACUAGAGUUCAGAAUGAUGAUUUUAAAGAUACUAGCUGGGCUUGAAAAAAGCAUGGAAGUUAUUAGAGAAACCAUUUCUGGAGAAAUAAAAGAACUAAAAUCUAAUCAAGUCGAAAUAAAAAAGGCUAUUAAUGAGGUGCAAUCAAAAUUGGAGGCUCUAACUGCUAGGAUAAAUGAGGCAGAAGAGGGAAUUAGUGAUAUAGAAGACCAAAUGAUGGAAAAUAAAGAAUCUGAGAAAAAGAGAGAUAAACAACUACUGGAUCACGAGGGCAGAAUUCGAGAGAUAAGCUAUACCAUAAGACAAAACAAAAUUAAAAUAAUUGGGAUCCCAGAAGAAGAAGAAAGAGAGAGAGGGGCAGAAGGUAUAUUGGAGCAAAUUAUAGCAGAGAACUUCCCUCAUUUGGGGAAGGAAACAGGCAUCAAAAUCCAGGAAGCACAGAGAACCACUCUCAAAAUCAAUAAAAAUAGGGCAACACCCCGACAUUUAAUAGUAAAACUUACUAGUCUCAGAGACAGAGAAAAUCCUGAAAGCAGCUCAGGAGAAGAGAUCUGUAACCUACAAUGGUAGAAGCAUUAGAUUGGCAACAGACCUAUCCACGGAGACCUGGCAGGCAAGAAAGGACUGGCAUGAUAUAUUCAGAGCACUAAAGGAGAAUAAUAUGCAGCCAAGAAUACUAUAUCCAGCCAGGCUGUCAUUGAAAAAAGAGCCUUGUGGAAGAAAAACGCUCUCUGUUGAGCCUUGCUAGAAGUGCUACAGGCAACACUGUUGUCCCAUCCUCGUGCCGUGUGAUGCUUCUUGCUAAACCUCCCGAGGACGCGAGCGAAGAUUUUACAGUCCACUGAGGGACAUCACAGUAAGAGAACAAAUAUACCCAUUUUGUACCAGUGCUUUUUGCAUAUUUCCACCCUAAACUACUGGCAUUAGGCCUGGGGGUAAGCUGGAGAAGCUGCCUGCUGCUAGUCCUGGCUCCCCCCUGCGCCCCGCUCCCCCACCCCCCAGAGCCUGGGAAGGUCGCUUGUUCACCACCCAUUGUCCACACCUGCGCACUCAUGCAAGCUCUAGAUUGACAGAUACUUAAGUUUUAAAGAUCAGGCCCGCAUAGUUUUCUUUAGAAGAAGCAUGCGUCACUUAGGAAGCUCGGAAAGGCAAAUGUGUUUUCUAAACUUAAAAAAAAAAAAAAAAAAAAUCAGCUUUAGGAUUUUGUGUGGUUAUGUGCAAUGCAGCAAAACUACCUACAUGUAAAUUAUUUUGUUAUUUAUUUCUACUUCCGUGUUUCAUUUUUUAUGGUACUGAUUUUCCUGUUCAGUAAUGAAUGAUGUGACCAACCCAGGAGAAUUCUUUGUUCUGUUACUGAGAUGAUAUUUUACAGUUAGGAAUUAUAAAAACUAAGAUUUUUAAAUGUUUUUUUUUAAUUAUUAUUUAAAUGAUGUUUUCCAUUCAAAGUAAGAAUAAUCAUCUUUGGGGUAUUGUGGUGUCAUAUCAUUUUCCAUGUUCGGCCACUUCAUGUUACCACACUUACACACAGAUGAGUGUCGAGAACCAAUAAAAUGAAAGCUCAUCCGCUCGUCCAGAGACUCUGUGUGAGCUUGCUUUCUUAUGACUGAAAUAGAUUUUUCUCUGCUGUUCGAAUCUUGUUACCUGUUAGAAUGCUUAGUUGAACCUGAAUCUAAAUUCAGUACAAUAAAUCGUCCGAGUCUGA